GAAAAGUACAAAAGAAGAGGUUUGGAUUUUGACUGACAGUGGGGUAGUAGACACUGCCGGGACAGCGCCAUCAGCGGAGCCGCCGGAGCCUACCAUGCGCCAUGACGGCGAUCGAUGCGAGCGUUUCGGAACUGUCGUCAUCGUUGGCUGUCAGACGUCCCCUGUCGAUGUUGCUACCGCCUUCGCCUUCAUCCGAAUUCGCCCUGUUCGCCUCAGCGUCGAGCACUAGCAACAAUCACAGCGCGUCGCAGGCCAUUAACGCAUCACCUGGCGGCGGUGGGCCCACCAACGGCGUCGUUGUUUUACCUACCGAAUUACUCCUGUCCUCGCCUGUUGCCACGGAGUCGUCUGCUCUUCAACUGGUCGGUUGCUAUGGCGACCAUUCAGCCACUCACGCAUCGGAAGAGAGGAGGCAUCUGGUGGCCGGUGUAGGGGAUGUCAGCCGGUGUAGUAGCAAUGGCAGUAAUAACAAUUGGCUGGCCGAUUUGAGCGUCGAAGUAUGUAAAGUGGAGACGAUCGGAGAAGAAGGAAGUGACAAUAGCGGCGCAGGAGGCGCAGGAGGAGGAGGCGAGUGCGGUGGCGGCAGUGACGAUUGGGACGAGUCCGUUUUUUUCGAAGCCGCCGCCGCCGCGGCCGCUAGUUGUUGCGCUAGCGGACAGGCCAGCCACCUGCAUCAGAAUCAUCACCACCACCAACACGACGUCAGCAACAACCUGGACGUCCUGCUGGGCAAUCCCAACCUCCACCAUUCGAGUGGCGGCACUGAUCUGCUGGAAUUGGACGUUCAAAAUUGUUGCACAGUCGAUUUCCCGUUGUCUCCUAAACAGCUGCUGCUGGGCGGCGGUGGUGGAGGUUCGUCGGGCAAUAGCCGGAGCAGCAGCAGCAGCAUAAGCAGUAGCAGCAGUAGCAGCAGUAGUAGUAGUAGUAAUAGCAACAGCAGCUGCUGCUGUCCCGAAGACGGCCAACUGAUUGCCAGUGCCAGUGGAUUGUUGUCGUCCCCUCCAUCGACGCCGUCGCCUUCGUCUUCAGGCGGUUCGACACGACAACUGCAACCGCAGCAGCCGCUGCCGCAACCGCCGCAGCCCUGCUCAGUAAGUGACAAAAUGUGCAGCAAAGUGUUUACCAGCACGUCGGCGCUGGCCAAGCACAAACUGACGCACAGCGACGAGCGCCGAUUCUCCUGCCAGUUGUGCGGCAAAGCCUUCAAACGCCAGGAUCACUUGAACGGACAUUUGAUAACGCACCGAGAGAAGAAGCCAUUCGAAUGCCGGGCAGAUGGCUGCGGCAAAUCUUAUUGCGAUGCCCGAUCGUUGCGUCGACACCAGGACAAUCACCACGCGCCGCCGGGCAGCUUAGCCCUUGCCGGGACGAUCCAGCAGCCGACGAGUCCGACGGCCGGACUGGCUUCUUCGUUGCCUUCGAGAUCGGCCUCAUCGGCGUCGUCCAAUGCUGGCCUCUUUAUCAGCGAACUGAGCGGCGGAUCGCCCGGUCUUGUGAUGCCCACGCCUACGGCCGGACCGACGCACUAUCCGGCGCCGGGCAGCAACGGCAGCUCGGCGGCAUCCAGCGGCGCAAACGGUGGCCAUUUCCAGGUGAAUCAGACGCCGGAAAACGGCCAGCAAUUCGCCGGAUGGGUGACCAGUUCGGCCGCAACGUCCGGCCACGAUUCCAUCAUCUCGCUGGAUUCGUGCGCCGCGCAGUACGGUCCCGUCCCUGCCGGCACGGCCAACGGCGAUCGUUACCUGCCGGCCGAGAAUCAGGUCGACGGCCAUCAAGCGCAGGUCACCUGGACAUCGGCACCGGCCGAAAGCGUGUCGCCUUCGAAGGGAGGCUCCAAGAAGCCUGGAACAAAUGCAGCCGGCGUGAAAAUAGCAGACAAGUCAAGUAACAAGGUCGACGGUGCUGGAACGAAUGUCAAAAUUGCCUCGUCUCCGUCGAUGGCCGCGUCUGCUGGUGUCGUCGUCGUCAAAUCAACGAAGAAGGCGAAAGGAUCGAAAAUGCCACACGCUCCGAAUGGCAAGGCCGCGUCGGGAGCUACCAAGAAUAAUGGCAAUUCGAAGAAGAUUGCGCCGGAUUCCAGCAUCGCAGCCAAUAACGACGGCCUGACGACGCAGCAGCUGGAACUCAUCCAGGAGAUAAUGCGGCAGACGCAGGAGCAGCACAGGUUGAUGCAGGAAGAGCAGCAACAGCACAUCCAGCACAAACCCGCCCAGGCUUCGCAUCACGCCUCUUCCGGCCCGGCCACGGCCAAAGCCAAGAAGGCCAACAAUAAGGUCAAAUGGACGUCUCCCCCGCCUUCGACGGCCAACAGUGGCGACCCGAAUCAAGCGUCGGGUCAAUCGACGACAGCGUCCAAUGCAUCGGCCCCCCCUGUAGGGGACCCGUCGGCGGCCAAUGGAGGCGUUUCCGGCCGUCCGGUCGAAUGCAACGUUUGUCAGAGGCGGUUCAAGAACACGCCGGCCCUUAACGGCCACAUGCGUUUGCACGGCGGGUUCUUGAAGAAGGAGGCCGAGUGUAGCGCAGCCAGCGGAUCGGCAAACGGAUCCGGCGGAGGGGGUAGCAAUGGCAAUUCGGGCGGAGGAGGAGGCGGAAGCGGCGGCGGAAGCGGGAAAAAACCGGGCGAGAGUAAGAAAGAUCCCAACACUCCGCCGCUGUUGACGGCGUCCGUCUCGGUCCGGGCGCUCAUCGAAGAGAAAAUCAUCCAGCGCCGGAAUAAUAUGGCGGCCAAUAAUCCUUCGUCGUCUGCACCGACCUGUUCGUCCUCGGCUUCUACUUCAGGUACGACGUCCGUCGUCGCUACGGCGUCCACUUCGUCAUCGUCGACCAGCAGUUCGGUUGUUGUUGUCCAGCAAGAGCAACAACAACAUUCUCAUGCCUUACCCAUCUCAGUACAAUCAGUCAAUCCAGCGCCGGAAGCGUCCGUCAUGUUGAUGGACGUCCUAGAAGAGGAUCAAAGGGAAUCGAUGGAUGUCCAAUCGCAACAGCCGCUCGUCCCCAAAUUAGAGCCCGAAGGCUAUUUCGAAGGAUCACUUUUAGCCCUGAGCCCAGUCAGCCUGCACAGGGCCUUGGAAGGUGAUAUGGAUGCCAUACCUGAUGACGAUCCGGCAAGUAACGAAGGCGCUUCCGGAUUGCACAAUUUGCAUCAUCACCAUCAUCACCACCACCACAAUCAUCACGGUGAAAAUUUCUUCUCGACAUCCUCUUCAUCGUCGUCUGCUCUAAGCGAAGUCCCUCUGCUGGACGAUUCCGUUUUCCAUCAGGUUUCGGCGGCUGCCGCUUCGGCGCUGCUGUCGGAUAUUAGCAGCUUGGAUUUGCAAUCGUACAUGGACAGCGGCAACGGCGGUGGCAAUCACAAUCAGCAACAGCACGGCCAAAAUGGUGUCGGGCAGUACUCUGACCUGUCGCAAUAUUUGGCCAGCAGCGCCGCAGAUCACGUCAACGAGUCGGUCGUGGUCGAUUCGUCCGGCAUGUACGGACACGAUGCCGGAAGCGGAUUUCAGCAUCACUCUGACGGAGGCUACGUCUACCACCAGCACGAGACGAGUGUAGGUGUCGUUGCUGGACUGGUGAGCGCCGCCUUCGGCUUCGAUCCGUCGCCAUCGACGCCGCUAUCGUCGCUCUGCUCGCCGCAGCAUUACGUCCAGCAUCAGUACCAGCAACAUGGCCAUCAGCCGGAUUACACGCACAACAGCAGCAGCGUCGAUACGUGCUCCGGUGGCGGAGGAGGAUAUCAGUCGAUGUUGAUGCCGGGCGUCGAUGCUUCGCCGUACACGCCCUCGCCAUCGCCCGUCAGUCCAUCCGUCACGUGCUCCUCUCUUCCGCACAUGCAGCGCUUCCAGCCUCAACAACAACAACAGGACGCUGUCGGAUUCUAUUCCACGUCGGGUUUCUCGGCCCACAAUCAAAGCAAUUUCAUGAUCGACUGCGCCAACAGCGUUUUGUACAACAUGGAGAGCGGUGGCGGAGGAGGCGGCUGGGACCACGCGGCCGAUUUGACGGCCGUCGCCACUGAGGCUCUUCCGCAGCUGAUCCAGGAACAAGAGCAGCCGUCGGACCAGAUGGAUCAACAGCAGCAAUCGUCGCCCGUACUGCUCAAGCCCGUCAAGGUGAAGAAGAGCCGGCCGUCGAGAGCCAAGAAGAGCAACGCCACCGACGCUGAGACGGGCGAUGUUAAAAAACGCAAGACGAUGGCCGUGACGGGCAAGAAGUGCAACAAGCGCAGCGACGAUGCCGAUGACGUGUUGAUGCUGGGCAAGGGCAAUAGCGGAGGGAAAGACGACGGCCAGUUUUACAGCGCCAUGAAUUUGACGAGUUCGGCGGCCGGCCGUCAUUGCCUCAUGUUGAAUCCGAAACGCAACGGAGCCGGACUUUAUUGGAAUCUAGUCAGGGACAAAGUGGUGAGUCCGCCACAAGUCCCGUCCAGCUGUGCGGCGAGCGGGGGGCGCCAGAAGAGCCGCGUCCGCGUCGGCAAGGACCACCAGUGCGCGGCGUUGCCUCGUUGCAAGAAGAAAGAGGCCAACAAAGAGAAGGAGUCGGCCGUCCUCUGCUGGAGCGCAAAUUUAGCCGCAGGCCAAUCUACCGAGCUUGGCCGUCUGCUGGCCUGGUCGCGUUCGCCCGCCUUGCCGGGACCGAAACGCAGCGAAGAAGAGGUACUGGCCGUCGUGACCCACUUUCACGGCGAUAUCCAAGCUGCCAAAUUGCACUUGCUGACUCAAUCACCCAGCCAUCACGUUCUCAAUAAGUGGACGCCCGAAGAGAUGGCCGUCUUUCACGGCGCUUUGCUCCAACACGGCAAGGAUUUCCCCCAAGUUGCUCAACACUUACCGUCGAAAACGGCCAGCCAGUGCGUCCAAUUUUAUUACCUCUGGAAGAAAGUGUGCCGGCCUCAAGAGUACGCUUCAAUUAAGCGUUCCAUGGUCGGCGGAUCGACAGCCGCCCCUCAAUCAUGCAGUCCUAGUCUGAUGGAUGAGACUAGUCUUUGCGAUUGGCGUGACGUUGGAUGCAGCGAAAAUGAUCUGAUUAGCCUAACGCAAACGUCUGUCGUGGCGACGGCCGCAUCGCAAGACUGCUCCACUUCCUCUUCGCCCUCUAUGUUGCUGCUCUCCUCCUGUGAGUUUGCCGACUGCCCUGCGAUUUCCAGUAAUCGAGCGACUGCGCGACGCUAUCAAGGCCAUCAAUCUAACGCUUCGCCUUCAAUCUCCCUGGCCGAUAAAUUGUAUCCGUGUUCAGUGUGUCACAAGGUGUUUGACAAAGUCAAGAGCCGGAGCGCCCAUAUGAAGACGCACAAAUCGGCUUCGACGGCAGCAGCGGCCGCUGCGGCGGCGGCCUCGACGUCGGCCAACGGACAAGAUAAUUGCUCGUCACUUGCGAGUAAUAAAAAUCGCAAGAGUCCUCAUCAUCAUCAUCAUCACGUUCAUCAUCACAAAUCGCCAUCGCUAGCAGGCGGAGGAGCUCUAACUCCGGCGUCGCCCGUCUCCACCACUUCGCACUCGUCGCUCUCAUCCACCUCCUGCUCGCUUCCGUCGCCCUUCCUGCCGUCGCAGAGUCUCUUUUGAAACAAAUCUGUCUUGCGCUUUUUCAUCUAAGCCGCGGCGGACCAAAAAAAAAAUAAAAAAAAAAUAAAGGAAAACACACAAAGGCAAAGUUAGGUAACUCAAAUCAUUAUGUAAAUCACGCUAAGCCCCCCGCCCUACCCCUCCAGAAAGUCAGCUUCCCAUUUAAUCAGAAGCUCAAACAAUCUUUUUUUUUUUUUUAAAUCUUUAAAAAAAAAUGAUUGAUGUUAUCUCUUUUAAAAAACAAAUGCUCUUACGAUUCUGUAUGUAUAAGUUUCUCACACCAAGUACCGCGACGAAACGGGCAGUGCCUUUUUCAGUUUUAGGGUUUGACCCUCCCUCACACACACCCUAAUCUCCUCCCACCUUUUUUAAAUCAAACAAACAAAAAGGAUUGAUUUUUGUUUGUUUUCAAUGUUUGUUUUUUUUUCGUUUUGUUUGGCUUUCAUCAUUCAAACUGUUUCAGCGUGAUCUUGUUGAUUAUCAAUUCAAAAUUCGCCCCCCCCCCCCUUUUUUUUUUUAACUUUUUAAGAUAUAGACCUAUAUAUAUAUUAUAUAAACACUCUAUAUUUUCACGACUAGAAUCGAUUUCCGCCUUGCUGGUUGGUUGAGGUGGCGAUUUUUUGUAGGUACACUUUUUGUUUUUGUUUUCUUCUUCGUGUGCGUGCGUCUUUUGUUCGACGGGCACAACGUUUUUCGCCCCCGUGCGUGUGCAAUCACCAUCUUAAAAGCCCUGCUCCUCCUCACUCCUCUUUCAAAUGGGUAAAAGAGUAACAUCGAUUUAGAUUAAUCGAUUUCACUGCUCAUCAGCCAUCCAGAAUUUUUCAAAUUGAACCUUUACCUGGCCUGCUCUUCUCGUUAUAGUUUUGUGAAACUGCAAAACGAAAUUCGUUGUGCGUGAACGUGAAUGCCACCACUCAAACCCACGGUAUUGGCAAAGAAUUUUUCUUUUUUUUUAUAUCUAUCGUGAAUUUUUUAUAUUAGAAGUACCUAUAGCUUUGUUAUGUCAGAUGCUAGACAACAUUUUUUUUUUACGUCAGUCAGUCAUCACGACACAGUCAAAAGCAUAACGCCGGUGCGUGCAAAGCCAACGUGAAUGUAUCAGCACCUAUCCCAGUGUUCGUUUUUUUUUCGUGAUUCAACAAGCCAAUCUCGAAAGCGAAAGCGUCUUUUUACGAUGUACGCAGUAAAACUUAAUGCUAAUCUUUUUUUUUUUAAAAUUUGUUUGACAAAUGCGGAGAUACCCGUGAGAUGUAGAAAUCACCGUCAUAGUGACGUAAACACAAAACAAUAAAAAGGGAAGGGAUUUUUUUUUUUAUGAAAGAGAGAAAAAAGAAAAUCCCCGUGACCAAUAUAUCAAUAAUUUAGCUUGUUUUUUUUUUUUUUUUGGAAAUAAUAACAAUAAUAUAUUUUAUGUGACCAUACUUCAAUCCGAUUAUGAUUGGCACUCAAUUUAUUAAUCUAUUUUUUAAACAAAUCUUUGUUUUCUCUCUUUAAUCUCACGUCUUAAAAGAAAAAAUUCUUACCUCGAUCGGCGGAUGAAUUUUUUUUUUUUGUUGAAAUUUUAUUUGACGCAUUCGCACAUAUUGAACUUGUUAGCGUGAGGGCAAUGAAAAACGCAAACCGGUACGAAGAAAUAAUAAUUCUAAUAAUAAUAAUAAUAAUAUUAAUAAGAAAAUAAUAAGUAAUAAUUGUAAAGAAUUGAAAUCAUUGAUGUUCUUUUGAUUACUACAUUUCACCGUUUGGAAUCGUUUUUAUUUUUGACGGAAAUUUUACUUUCUUCUUACUAUUUCUAGAGCGUGAGUGUGCGUGAUUGCGUAGCCUCAAGAGUCUUUUUUGUCACCCACACGUCAUUCAAAAUUGUUUUAAUUUAAUUUUUUUUUUUUUUUGUGUUUAUCGAUUUUUCUCACUUUUGGUGCGUGUGAAUUUCUGUUUUGUUUUUCCUUUCAUUUCUGGGUUUUUUCCCCCCAUGUACCAAACGGAGCAAAGAGUGUGUGCCAUGUAGAUAGUGUACAGCAAAAGCAAAAGCAAAAACGUGGCGUGAUUUUUGCCAUCACUCUCCUACACCCUGACCGCCACAAUUAUGCAAAUGAAGCGUUCAAUCAACUACGCACCCACCAAAAUUAGAAACCAUCUGAUAAUUCUAGUUGACGAAAGAUAUUUGUAUACAAAAAAAAAAGAAAAAACAGACCUCCUCUCGAUUCACAAUGUAAUCCGAUUUAAUAUUUUUUUUUUGCUGAUUUCAUUUUUAUUUUUCGCGGUUUGGGUUUUUAUUUAAAAGAAAACAGUUUGCAAAUUCCCUCGUCUAUUUGUAUUAGGUCUUUUUUUUUUUUCUCUCUUUGACUCUUUUACACAAUUUGCCCUGAACGCUGUACUGCCCUCUCUUAUAUCAUUCUCCUCCUUUUUUUAUAUCCAUC